AUGUACUUCACAGAUUUAGCUUCUGGACCUCCUCCCAAAUCGAUCCCGUCAGGGUCAUCACCUAGAAUCCAAUCUUCUGUUUCAAAAGUCAGACAGCUGGAUUCACAUUUAGCUGUUGGAACCGCAGAAUCUCUGCUAUCGACAAAGCGAAGAUGUCUCGAUGCUCCCAGAGGGUUCAGACUAGCCGCCGUGAACUUCGGGCAGUAUCCCUACGCCGGCUAUGCCCCGAAUCGGCCCACCAUUAGCCGGCGGUGGAUUCCGGAGGAUGGAUCGCCGGGGGUUGAGGGGCUCAGGGAGAACCCCGAUUUGGUUUUCUUGAGGACGAUUACAGGACAAUCUCAGAGCAUCUUAGGCGUCGCGCUGAUAGAAAUCUUAUCCCGACAUUCGUCAGACGAGAUGUACCUCGGCCAGCGAGACUCUUCAGAUUGGACCAAGGAAGCUGCGGCAUUACAGGCAUUCCAUAGAUUCGGCGAGAGAUUGGUCGAAAUUGAAAAGAAUAUUUUGAAGAGGAAUUCAGAUGAGGAGUUGAAGAACAGAAAUGGAGGUGUUCGUCUGCCCUAUACUCUGCUGUAUCCGAAUGCUUCCGACUUCAGUGGAGUGGGCGGGCUGACAGGGAAGGGGAUUCCUAAUAGUGUCUCUAUUUGA